CAUCUUGUUUAGGCUGCAGAGAAGCUUUGCAAUCAAACCUUAUCCUGUCACAAACAUUGCUGUUUCUAUUGCGAUACGUUUCCAAUAUUUUUUUCUCGGUAAAAGAAGACCCAAUACUUCAUAGUUUGUUGUCAUUGUAGAGUUGUGUGUGAGGAAAGAUGGCUUUUUUUCCUUUUAUCGCUAUGUCAACUGAAUUUGACCGGGCGCCGAGCUUGCUGAGUGCUGAUCUCGAGCCAACUAUUCUUUCUGACGAUGUAUUUGUCCCACGAUUGGCUGCUAUGCCCUUACGAUCGGGAUAUCUGCGUUCAUGGCGUCAUCAGCCGGCUCGUCGAAGCGGAAGAUCGCACAUUAGAAACAAGAAAGAAGGCUUUGAGGUAAAUCUUGAUGUCCAGCAAUUCAAGCCUGAUGAAGUAUCAGUAAAAAUGCAAGAUGAUUUUAUUGUAGUGGAGGGAAAACAUGAGGAACGUGAAGAUGAACAUGGCUACAUAUCCAGACAUUUCGUCCGUCGUUACAAGUUGCCUAAUAAUAUUGAUAUAGAUGCUGUAACAUCAAAGUUAUCAUCAGAUGGAGUUCUGACAAUUGCAGCUCCCAAAAAGGUACCAUCAAAAGAUCCCAAAGAACGUGUAGUCCCUAUUGUCCAGACAAAUAAACCAGCUGUCACUGAUGCAGCAGAGGAGAACCCAGAUAAUAAACAGGAGAAAGCAGAGACAAAAUAAAUUUCACAAAAAUAUUACUCAUGUGAAAGAUUUAAUUAUACAUAGUACAAAAUCAGUCCAUUUUGUGAAAAGAAGCUGUAAUGUAUGUUCCUUUAAUUACUUUUUAUGUAUUUCAUCCACUGCAGUUGUAAGACUGGAUUUAACAUUUUUUUAAA